AAGAGGACAACAACUCAGCCCGUGAAAGAUAGAUGACAAGCAGUGCGAUUCUUGGUGUGUCGACAGGAGACUUUAGCCGUUGCGGUGCACCCAACGACUUUCGUUUUAGGUUUCAGCGCACCUCGAAGCGCACCUCCCCUCUGCUGAAACUUUCGAGAGAGGCGUUUGUGAUCGUGGAUACGCAGAACAAGCAAGGUGCAAAGUAGCCGGUCGUUGAAACGGGACACCAAGGAGCACCAUGCCAACACACAUACAUGAUGCGUGUUCUUAGCUGGUGGUAGUGGUACCAGCUAGCUAGCUAGCCGUAACUGACUUGCAGUUGCUUGCUGCUGUGUCUAUCCCCUCUUACUCCAGCUAGCUAGUAGUACUAGCUAGCCAGCUACGUACCGGUACCGGUACCAAUCAAUUACAACCUUGGGAAUAUUCCUAUUCAUCCCAAAAAUUCAAUGCGAGGCCGCCAAUGCUUGCAAGGAGCACAGACACCCAAACACUAUAUUAAUAACGGCGCCAAGACUAUUUGAUCAACGUGUACAGUAACAGCCAAGACUUCCCGUCUCUUGAGGAUUGAAUCGAAUCAUUCAGUUUCAUUCUCAUUCUCAUUCUCAUUUUUGCAUAUCUUCCAUCCUCACUCAUAUGCAUACUCGUAGACGGCAUGGCGGCCAUCUAGCUAUCUACUAGCUAGCUACUGUAUCCAAAUUUUCUUGUUCAGGCGAGCAAGAUGGUUCACUUCUUGCGUCGUGAAGACGCGAACGACAGUAGCACUGUCGCUGCUCGAGACGGUCUUAGCCGUGCCCCUUACGACUAUUUGCCGUUUUCGUCGUUGGGUCUCGAGAAUCAACAACAAGUCGUGAUGGAUUACAUGGCAGGGCUGAAGACGGGAAUGUACAACAAAAUCCUCUCGGCCAAUGCCUGCACGGGAAUGGAUAUGACAGCUGUACACACUCAGUGCGCAGAUGUGGAUAUUGCUGCAAUGCCAGGCGACAUCAUGACACACUUCAACGACACUUGCAAUGACAACAACAGCACCUUUGGGGAAUACUCUCUGAGUGCCACAUUUGAAGCCUCCCUAGAUGGCACCAAUUCGACAUCUGGAGCUGUUCGAUUUGGAAACAUUCAUGUGCGCGAAUUCAACCGCACCGUAGGCGAUCACCCUGAUUGCUCAGAGGAUGGACCGCCACUCUCCAUGGAUUGGGCAUACAUCCAACUCCAACCCAUUCCACUUUCAAAGUACGAAGCCAAGAAAAAGCGUCGAAGACGGCGCAGACUGGAGCGCAGGCAUCAAAGAUUGAAGCUAGACGAUCCAGACGCUCCUUUUCCAAAGGUACCCAACAUUGAGUUCACUGUCCCACGGAUACGGGGUCCUCUUCGACGUGAAUUGCUUCAUCUCGAGUUUGACGUCCCCUUUCAAGACCUUGUCGCUGCUGAGCAAGAAGUCAAGAGGAUGGCAGCACAACGCGAAGAAUCUAAUACCCAGAGUAUAUUGGCGGAAAAAACACAAGAACUCGUGGAAUCAGCACAGCGCAAGCUACGAAGAUCGUUCUUCUUCGGAUACGGAAGACACACCGAGAUUUCACGCAAUGGUCGCACCAACUCGUCACGGCAGGUUUCUCCAUCCACACAAGCGACUACACCUAUCUACGACAGGCGCCAUCCUCGACGAUACAAGGCCUCUACCUCCGAGAUGGUGUCAAACUACUACGGCGGACGGCGGGUUCCCCAAGCAGUGUACUAAUAUCCAUUGCCCUUCUUGUAUAUUGUAGAAGCUGUUGGAGUGCACACAGCAUGUACCUAAUUCGUGUUCGUCAUAUCGUAAUUUAAAAUUAAAAGUUUUGUUCCAUUGU